UGCGCAUGGGCUACUUUGUGCUGUGUAAUGUUAGGUGAAACACUGGAUACAGUGGAGGUCAUUUGACGGGACGAUGAUGAUUAUCGACCAGUCCAUGAGAGAAUACUGUCACGCGCUCAGAAAGGGAGCUAUCGAGCGCGCGGCGACUGUAGUGCACGCGGAGCAUCGAUUUGAGAGUGUCAGUCCCAUGCAGGAUCUGAAUGAAGCCUGAGCUGCGCGGCACCAUGGCAACAGAGCGGCCCGCCAAACUGCGCGUCUUCUCUCUCAACUGCUGGGGAAUCCGAUUCCUUAGUCAACAUUGUGCACAGCGGUAUGAGAUGAUCGGGGAGUUACUGGACAGAGAGCAGCACGACAUCGCCCUGUUACAGGAAGUUUGGAGUGAAAAAGAUUUCCUUUUCCUGAAAGGAAAGCUGUCCUCCUCUCAUCCUCAUACUCACUAUUUCAAGAGUGGAGUCAUUGGCAGUGGUCUGGCUGUGUUCUCCAAACACAGGAUCCAGGACGCUCUGCUCUACCAGUACUCUCUCAAUGGCUACCCAUAUAUGCUGCACCAUGGUGACUGGUUUGGAGGCAAAGCAGUUGGAUUGGUCAUUGUUGACGUUUUUGGGUUAAAGGCACACGUCUAUGUUACUCAUUUGCAUGCAGAGUACUCCAGGGCUCAAGAUGAAUACCUACCCCACAGAAUAGUGCAGUCCUGGGAACUGCUGCAGUUUGUGCGCCACACGUCCUGUGGAGCAGACUUGGUGAUUCUGGGAGGGGAUCUGAACAUGCACCCUCAGGACCUUGGAAACCGUCUCCUCAGAUCCCACACUGGGCUCAGAGACUGCUUUACUGAAACAGACAUGUUUGAUGGCUGUGAAGAUGGACACACGCUGAUAGCAGACAAUCACUUCACAAAGAAACAAGACCUUAUUCCUUUUGAGAAGGGCAUCAGGAUUGACUACAUACUCAUCAAGGGCUCCCAGAGAGUGAACAUGAAAUGUGAGUCCCUGUCCACUACCAAGGGUUCAGUGGCUGAUAAACCCUUCCCAUACUCUGACCAUGAGGCUCUGACUGCUGAACUGGCCCUGCUUCGGUCAGAGGACAGCAGACAGCAUGGAUGGAGGAAUGCACUUCCUGUAUCAGACUGGAUGGGCGUGACCGCAGAGGCGCGUGCGGUGGUGAAGGAAGGCCUGUGUCAAACAGAGGCCCUGCGGGACAAAGCAGUGCGUCUGAUGUGCGGCGCUCUGCUGCUCCUUCUGCUGAUGCUCCUGCCCUGCCUAUGCCACUCCUCCUUCAGCACCGUGGGGUUUCUGGGAGCUGUGUGCAUGGGCACGCUCCUCUCUGGAGCUCUACUCUACCUGCUCUUCACCACACACAUCAAAGUCCUGAAAGAGACUGAAGACCAGAUGCUGCUGACCUCAGACGAGAUCCAGACUAAACUGACAGGAUGUAGAGUGUCUGGAUCUUCAUCUUCCGAUGGCUCUCCAGAGCUCCAGCCCUCAAGACCCUUUAAACGGGAGGAGUAAGGUUGCCCCCUAAAUGCUGGUCCUGGAUCAGGUUACUGUACCUCAAUGUUACAUAAUAGCUGUUAGGAUAUAACUUGAAGAGCUGACCCAAGAUCAGUGCUCUGAGGCUAUACCUACCUCACCUCAGUGAAUGGAGGCAUUAAUCAUUACGGAGCUGCUGCUCUUUUACAUUUUGACAACUCAAAAUCUUGAAGGCUUGAAUGGAAAGCCCUGUUUGUGUUCAUGAGUUAUUCAGUUCUGUGCUUGUCUAUGCUUGUCAAGACACUGCUUACUGAUUUUAAUGUAACUCGAAAGAGAUGAUUUUUUUAACGGUUUGUUGUUGAAGUAUUAGUAGCACCACAUUUUAGACAUUAUAAACACUGUUUGAAUGUCAAUUCAUCUUAAUCAUGAACAAAUAAAUCACUGUUCUAAAGUA